AGACCUUAGCAAAGCUAGCUCAAACCAAAAUCUUCUUGUCAAAGUUUAAAUACAAACACAUUAUCAACCUCUUGUCAAACCCCAACCUCCCCUCCCCCUCCCCCAAAAACUCCCUUUUCUUCUUCUUCUUUUUCCAUGGCUGAUGAACUAAGAGAUUUCUAUUAUCACCAGCCAUUUCAAGAAGAUAUUAGGCUUGGUUAUAAUAAUCUUUAUUCUCAAACUAGGGUUGGAGAUAGUAAUGAUUCUUCUACGGUUCAGAAUAUACAUAUGCUUGAUCCUUCUUUUAUGAGCUAUACUCAUGAGUAUUUACAUGGAUCAAGUAGUGAUUAUGCUAAUUCACUUGGAAAACCCUUUGGAUUUUCAGCUCCAUCUACACCCUCUGAUCAGGCAUUUUCUUCUAUUAUCAAUAAAGAUCAUGAUGUAAAACCUGUUUUGGAUGUUAUUAAUAAUAAUGAUGUUAUUGUUGGAGGAGGAAGUGAAACUCCAGUUACACCAAACUCUUCAAUCUCUAAUUCUUCUUCCAAUGAAGCUGCUGGUGAUGAUCAGGAUUCAAACAAGAAUACUAAUAAUACCAAGAAAGAUAAGGAAGUGAAGGAAAGUUUAGAAGAUGGUGAAGAUGCAUCUAAAAAAGAGAACAAAGCAAAAAAGAAGGAGAAGACACAAAGGCCACAAAAAUUUGCAUUCAUGACAAAGAGUGAGGUUGAUCAUCUUGAAGAUGGAUAUAGAUGGAGGAAAUAUGGACAGAAGGCUGUUAAGAAUAGCCCUUAUCCAAGAAGCUAUUAUAGGUGCACAAGUCAAAAAUGUCCAGUAAAGAAACGUGUGGAGAGGUCAUAUCAAGAUCCAUCAAUUGUAAUCACAACAUAUGAGGGUCAACACAACCAUCAUUUGCCAUCUACUCUACGUGGAAACGUUGCUCGAAUGUUGAAUCCUUCCAUGUUAAGUUCACCUUCGCCAUUAAUGGCGGCGCCACAGGCUUUUCAUCAACAACUUAUGAAUAUGGCACAAAUGCCUCAUCAAUUCUAUGGCAGUAGUGGUUUUGGCAUUAAUCCCCCUACGAACAGCAGCUCCAAUAUGUAUAAUCAAAAUGUAAUAACUCAACAUGAGCUUCAUCAACAGCUGCAGUUUUCUCCUGACUAUGGACUACUCCAAGACAUGGUUCCCUCUAUGUUUCUUAAACAAGAGCCAUGAGAGUCUUGAGGCUUUGAGACUCUUGUGCUCUAGCUCUAAUAAUUUUAUUAACCCUACUUGAACCUUAUUUAUUUAUAGCUUAUUUUUCUUUCUUUUUUUGGUUUGUAAGAUGUAGUGUCUAGUAAUUUAGAGAUGUAGAUGGACCAUGAAUCGAUCUCUUACUUAUGAUCUCAUAUAUUUAGUACUUUCACAUUAUAUAUAUCUAAUUUUCUCUUCUUUGAUAUUGCAUAGAUUAUCUUUUGAA